UAUGGCAGAGGCGGAAACACUCGAACCGGUUCGCCAAAUCCCGCGUAAUGCGAAAUGUUUGGGCGCGCAUGCUCAUUUCAGUCUCUUUCGCGAAAACAUGGCCACUACUGCUAAACAAGCCAAGACCGACGAGAAGAACGGGGCUGAAAAUGCCGAUGAACAGGCCGAUAAGGAGCAACAGGAGGCGAUAGAGCAGAUUGAUGAAGUGCAGAAUGAAAUAGACAGACUGAAUGAACAAGCCAGCGAAGAAAUUUUGAAAGUCGAACAGAAGUACAACAAAUUGCGGCAGCCAUUUUUCCAGAAACGAUCAGAUCUCAUAGCCAAAAUACCUAAUUUCUGGGUAACUGCAUUUGUAAACCAUCCACAAGUGUCGGCGUUGUUAAAUGAAGAGGACGAAGAGGCGCUACAGUUUCUGACUAAAGUAGAGGUUCAAGAAUUUGAGGACAUCAAGUCAGGAUACAAAAUCAACUUUUAUUUUGACAAGAACCAGUACUUUGAAAACAGCGUUAUCUCAAAAGAGUUCCACUUGAACGACACCGGAGAGCCGUCGUCAAAAUCUACACCAAUCAAAUGGUGCUCUGGGAAGGAUUUAACGAAGAAGUCAAACUCGCCCGCCAAGGGAAGUCGCAAGCGCAGUCCUGAAGAGCAGGAGUCGUUCUUCUGCUGGUUCUCUGACCAUGGGGACGCCGGCGCUGACGAGUUGGGAGAGGUUAUAAAGGACGAUAUCUGGCCCAACCCUCUACAAUACUAUCUGGCCUCAGAAAUAGAUGAGGAGGGAGGUAUGGGUACAGGAGGGGAGGAUGACAUGGAUGACGUAGAUGAGGAGGAGGAGGAGGAUGGACUAGAAGGAGAGGACCAAGAUGAGGAGGGAGAGGAGGAGGAGGAGGGUGGGGAGGAUGAAGAGGAUGAUGGUUAGAUGAGUCAUCAGCAGUAGUAUCGCCACACACAUCGCUCAGUAUCAGGGGGGAACCAGUACAACAUCAGGGGGAACCAGUUCAACAGUCUGACUCAUGGCAUGGGACCCUCGUUCUAGGAAGACUGGGCUUGAUGCCUGUGCUUAAAGUGUUGUCCCAGAUAAGCCUUUGCAGUAUGCACAGUCUGAUCUGGGACAACACCACUUUUUGGGACUUUUUUGUUGUUGUUGAUCAAAGUUCGGUUCUGAAGGAAAAUCCACCAGUGUUUGUGAAAAGUAUUGUCCCAUAUAAGCCUGUGUGGACUGCACAGGCUAAUCUGGGAUGGCUUUUUACCCUUACGCAUUAAGCCAAGUUUUUCCAGAAUGAGGCUUCUACGUGUUGUGAUUGGAUCAUCUUGGACCAUGAUUGAAGACUGAUCUAAUAAAGCCCUAAUCUUAUUGUAAUUUAUUUUAUGAUCGCAAAGAAAUUGUCAACUUUUGUUAUUUCAUCACUAGUUAAUGAUUAUUACAAAUUUCUUUGUUACUUUUGAUCCUAAACUUAUUAGAUGUCAUGUUUAUUUGAUCAUUGUCAUUUAAAUGUGAAAUAUUGUAUCAUUGUGCAUUUUAGUGCAUAUUCAUUCAUUUCCAUUAUUAAUUUUCAUCGAUUUCGCCAUGGAACAUCCUCAUCAUCAUCCCAUCCUUCAUUCUCAUCUCAUUUUCAUCCAUAUCAUUUUCAUUAGUAUUCAUCAAGUCCUUAUCGUUAUUUACCCUGAAAGACAUGUGUCAGUGUUAUGGCCCCUCCUGUACGUAAACUGGACUAUCGGACAUUAGUGAAUUCGCUGUACAGAAUGUGAUUUGUCUGAGUGAGAAAAAAUGGUUUCCCAUGUUUGAAAAAUACAGAAAAUAAAGAUGAUACAUAU